UUGGUGGUUCCCGCCAUCAAUUAUCAAAAAUCGCAAUUGAUUCCAUCACCGUCGGUGAUUCUACCAUCCAGCCUCUCGACAGUGUUCGAAACUGGGGUUCCUGGUUUGACUCCAAUAUGUCUAUGUCCAUUCACAUUGGUAAGAUCUGCAGCAAGGCUUUUCAUGGCUUGUAUAAAUUCGCCAAAUUAAGAAAUUCCUUAGUCCUGAGUCCACGAAGACUCUUAUUCAUGCAUUUGCGACUUCACAUUUGGACUACUGUAACUCUCUUCUCUUUGGCGUCCCCAAGUACCCCUCUGUUCCCUCUGAACACCAUGUGAUUAUAAAAAUAAAAGCUAAGUUUUUCGUUUGUCUCACGAUGUCACGAUCAAUAAAUUUUACUUCGUUUCAGAGUGGCUUGUGUCCGGUGUUGUGGGCAUGCUCUGAAACAGGGACCCUUAUUACUACAAGCGCAGGGUCAAAGAGGCAAUUCACAUAAGACUUCACCCUAACAACAUCAGCAGGGAUAGUAGAAUAGAAAUUUCAGAAGCGUGGAUGCCCACAAUCAAAAAACAAAACAACAGGAGAGCCGUGCGACAGCGGAUCGCCGAGGGAGCAAAUCCCUGAUCAGCAAGGAUCGAAAUGCACCAAUCAGAGCUGUUGAGAGAGAGACGUGAGAGUUCGAGUCCCCUGUCACCGCAUUUCCCACUCGAAAUUAACAGGUCCGCCUGAUCGCAGGUUCUAAACCGCUUGUACGACAUAUUUAAAAAUACAAACCCUAGCUCUUUAAGCGUGCUUCUGAACGUUGACAUUCGCUGGUUUGCGCGAAGAAAAGAAAUAACUUCUACAGCCCGCGCUUCAUGUGACAAAGUUUCCCUUCUGAGCGACAUUUCCCUUACCCCACCCCGAGAAUUGUGAUAUUGUCAACAUCUGGUAGUCAACGAAUAUUUUGAAGCUCGCCCUCGGAAAUUGGCAAAGCGUCGGUUCUUUCAAACCUUUGUUCUAGAAACAAUAGAGCCUCUAAGCUGUAAACAAUUAAAAUGCCCAUAGAAGGAAGGUAAUCCAGUGCCACUGUCUACCAAAAAUUAAACACAAAGUUUGAUAUGUUUUAAUUGUAUUUUUUUAUUGACGCUUGUCAAUAUUCCUCUUUGUGUUUUUCUCCUUAUUAGCUGAAGCAGAUGAAGCCUUUUCCUCGUCAGACGAAAUACCUCAAGAAGCGUCGGACGAAAAAAAUGGCUGUGGCAUUCAACCUGUAAAGUUGAUAUCAGAAAGGUCAACGGGCCAAAAGGAUAAGGCAGCAAAGACUCCUGGGCCAGUCACAAGUUAGCUCUGAAUUUAAAAGGCAAAAACUUUCAUUCCACGUGGAAGCCUUUCCUCUUUUUUCCCAUUAUGUCGACUAUAAACCCUUCUUAGUUUAUAAUUAUGACUUAUUGUAACUUAAGGCUAAACUUUCGGAUUUCAAAGACCGCGUUAUUGAUAUCCUUUAUUCUCUCUCUGAUUUUCAUUAGGUUUUGUAAAUUUAGGAUAGUUGACUGCAUAGUAAAGUUAUCGCUAAGUUUAUUGUCCUGAAAUUUGUCGAGACACCAGUAGAAAGGGGACAAAGUAAAACCUGAUGCCAAGCUUACAGCUAUGUAUUGUAGAGUGAAUCUGACUAUUGGGAGCAAAUCGUAAAGCGGGGUAUAGUUUAUUUAUUUCUACCACCUCAACUGUAAUAGAAUUCUGAGAUUGCUUUCGAGCAAGCUAAUAUGAAGUCAUGACGGUGUUCUUUUUCAAGUGAAAAUGCGCUACAAUAAAGUGAUGAAUAAAAAAUUAUCCUAUGCACAGAACUGUGAUUUUAUAUUUGGUUUUAAGACCUUCAGGUAGUUGCGCUGAUAAUAUUCUGUUUCCUUCAUUGUUCAAGACCCCUAUUCUGAGAUAAAUCAAGUCUCGAGUUAACCUAAAUGUGGAUUUUUGUCAUGGAGAAAUGAAAACUUAGUUCAAUUCAAAAUCCCCUGGAUCAGCUUUAGCCACCUUUUUGAACUAUAGUAGUCCCAGAAUGUUCUGGUAAACAGGUCCAUCCAGGAUUUGCGAAAUUAUAGCUCAGUCAAUAACUAACUUGAAUACCGCUCCUGGCGCAAAUUUCUAGAGCUUUGCGUAAUACGCAAAUGUUGGUUCAUAAACAUUUUUCUCUGGACUUACUAAAAAAAACACAGGAAUUAAAGAGAUUAAGGCACCGUCAAUGUGAAUCUAUCGAGGAUUACUUUUGUUUUCAAAUACACUAUUUACCAAAGAAUGCAGACAAGAAGAAACGUCGUGGAUAGAUUCAAUAAGUGAUGAACAAAAUGAAAAUUGGCUGUGAUUAUAUGAAAGUCAUAUAUUUGAACUGCGGUAAAGACGUGAAUAGGAAAGCGAUCUUCGCAGUUAUGAACACUUCUUAAGCAGUAGUGAAAAGAAGACCUGAAAAAAAAAUCAGGCCUGUACGGUACGGGAUUUGAACCUAUGACCUCUGCGAUGUAGUGCUCUACCAACCGAGCCAACAAACCAACUGGGAGCUGGCCAUUGUGUUGGUUCGAAAUAAACCCGUGGAGUGGUGAAUAAACGGCUUUGAAUAUAUGAAAGUCAUAUAUUUGAACUGCAAAUAAAGUGCGGAUAAACUGUUAUAACUGUGAAGAUCGCUUUCGUAUUCACGUCUUUAUCUGCAGUUCAAAUAUAUGACUUUCGUAUAUUCACAGCCGUUGUGAAUAUGUUAGCAUGUUUAUCUUACUUCAGAUACACUGAUACACAAAUGAUACACUGUGAACUCGAAUUUAGAUAAGCUAUGUUAAGUGUACGUGACUUAAAUGUUCACUUAGACAAUUUCGCCUCCAUUCUCCGUCUCUUUCCCUUCGUCUCUGUAAUUUUUUUCCUUAGAUCCCUCCAGUUGUAAGCCUUCUACAUAUGCAGCAUUAUGGGACCUAUUUUAUAUAUAUUAUACAUAUCUCGACCAUAUCAUGUGAUAGCUAACCAUCUUCCCUCUGCUCAUGGAUAUGCCGAUGAUACACAACUUUAUCUGUCGUUUGAACCUAAUGGCAGAUCUUCGCAAGACCACGCCAUAGCUCCUGUAGAGGCCUGCAUCUCAGAUGUCCGUGCAUAGUUGAUUUAUUACCGUCUGUUAAUCAACGAUUCGAAAACUGAGUUCUUAGUUGGUGGUUCCCGCCAUCAAUUAUCAAAAAUCGCAAUUGAUUCCAUCACCGUCGGUGAUUCUACCAUCCAGCCUCUCGACAGUGUUCAAAACUAGGGUUCCUGGUUUGACUCCAAUAUGUCUAUGUACAUUCACAUUGGUAAGAUCUGCAAGGCUUUUCAUGGCUUGUAUAAAAUUCGCCAAAUUAGGAAAUUCCUUAGUCCUGAGUCCACGAAGACUCUUGUUCACGCAUAUGUGACUUGACAUUUGAACUACUAUAACUCUCUUCUCUUUGGUGUCCCCAAGUACCAGACAGAUCGUCUUCAGAAGGUGUUUAACGCCGCUGCUCGAUCAAUCUUUAGGAUUCCAAAGUUUGAUCACAUUUUGUCCGCCUUAUCUCAUCUUCACUGGCUUCCUGUGACUUAUCGCGUUCAUUUUUUAAAAGUUGUUACUCUUAGUUUAUAAAUCUCUCAACAGUCAAGGCCCACAAUACAUUCAACAAUAUCUGCAGCCACACUCCAUUUCUGGUCAUCACCCACGUUCCUGUGACCAGGGCCUUCUUAAGAUCCUAAGAACUAAUUUU